GAGUGAGGGUGGGGGCACGGUUGGGGAACCGUAAAGGGGCCUUUCGGAUAGGUUCAGGGUUCCCUGGGACCUCGAGGAGUUUCCCGGGACGCUGGCUUCUCCACUUGAGCCCUGCAUUGGCGUUCCCAGGCACCCUUUCUUUACCUGUGGUGGAAGACCACUCUGGCUCUUCAAGGAGACUUAACUUCUGUGCUCAUCCUUGGAGAGCUCUUUUCGUCAGAUUCACAGGCGGCUGCGGUCUCCUGUCCCGAGUCCCGGCCUGGGAAGUCAGGGUGAACAGGAACCCAGGAAAGCCCACUGGGAUUCUAAAUCUAGAUUCUAGAAGGAGGAAUUUCUGUUAGUGUGGACGGAAGAAGAAAACUCGGAGUUAUCAAAGAAAUAAGUAAACGUGAGAAUCAGGAAUCCUGUAUGUACUUCAGUUCACCUCUUUUAUUGAAAUAUCUAAGAAGUCUGCUGGAAUACUUCUAUAAAGAAGAAUUUUCUCACAUCUAUAUGGUUACUCUGAAGUACUGUUUGUUCUAGAAAGAGACAAUAGUAAGAAAUGAAUUUUAAUGUCUGGAAUAUCAAAGAGAUGCUCAGUAUUCCCUCAGGCUCUGGGAAUACUAAGUCAUCUAACUGGAAUAGUAACCAGACUGAUCACUCCAGUCUCAGUGAUUCCCAGUUCCUCUUUGGAUCCCAGUUCUGUCCAGAAAGUUCAGAGACCCUGUCAGCACCCUUGGACUUUGGUGCCCACUUGAGACGUCCCAAACAGUCACAACAGAAUUCUCUGGAGAGUGAACCUAGUGUUUUCACAAAGUACCAGACAAAACCUCAACUAUUUGGAGGAGAUAAAAAAGAUGGAGGCUUAUUUCCUCUUCCUUUGUCAGUUGGAAAAUCGAAAGGCCUCUUGGAACAGUUUGAGGAGAAAAAGAAAAGGGCAAAAGACAGAUGUGACAGUGAAGCUCUGUACAACUUCAUUUCCCAUACCAGAGAAAGCAUUUACAGGUUGCAGACAUCUGUGGAAAAGUCUGAGGAACAUCUCAGUUCAAGAAGCCAGUCCAUUUUGGAUUCUUUGGAGACUGUGGCCAAGACAUUGCAAGAGACUGCACAGGCCCAGAGCGAUCUGGUGUUGGAAACAGCACAGGAUAAAGGCAACAUGGAGCAGGCCAUCCUUGAGAUGCAGAAGAGAUUUGAAGCUAGACAAGCAGAGUUUUCAGAAAUGAAGUCCAACCUAAAGCACCUUGAAGUUUUAGUUGCCCAGCAGAACAAGGACUUCCAACAGCUGUGUGAGCAGCUAGGCCAGCUGAAUGUGCCCAGCAUCCUAGCAGAGCUGAAGAGAUUGAUCUCAGUCCCUCAGGUACCCAGGCAUGUGAAAGACAGCACUUCCCAGACCUCACCACCUCUGGCCCAGAGCCUCAAUUUCACCAGGCAGGACAAAUAUGCCUCUGAGGAACCAAUUUUGUGGCAGGCUCAGGCCCUCCCUGCUGCACGGAUUCUCAAUAGGGGCUCCUUGCAGCCUGGGGAGUUUGGUGUCUGGGGUGAGAGAGCAAAGAAUGAUACCCUCCAAAAAGAGGCUGCGCUGCUGGCAGUUGGAACCGGCAAAAGAAACAGGCCAGUAAAGGACAAGGCAGUGCAAACUAACUGCAAGAAUUUGGCUAUUACAAAAACAGGCUCUGAGAACCACAGUUUGGACAUUCAGGGCCACAAGGUUCCUGGUGAUAGGGACCUGGUUUCCCCAGGAGCCUCGCAGCUUAUAUCCCUGGACUUAAACAACUUUGCAACCAGCAUUAAGAACACCUGCCAAGAACUGCAAGCCAAAGGCUUGUUUUCGUGUGACCCUUGUGAACAACAGUUGGUGACUGAACAGAAAGGCAGAGCUGUAGAAAGAGUGGCCAAAGGCAAGAAGCAGCAGCCCAGGAAAGUCCAAAGAGGUAGGCUCCUGGCCAGGAAACAAGAACAAACCCCAAGCAAAACCUGUGCUUUCAGUUCUAAAUAUCCUCAACCUCCAGUUUCUGGCCCACAAAGGCUUCCCGUGGAGCAGCAGGAACCGCUUGAUCAGCCCCUGCACCUGAGGAGACCCAGGAGCCCCACAAAGCCAGUCUGCCCUGCUCUGGGAGGAACAGUCAUGCCCAGUAAGACAGUGAGGGCAGCACAAGGGAACCUCUUGCAGUUCAGCAGGCACUCUUCCCAAGACAACAGCCUGCUUUCUAACAGUUCCCAGGGAGACCACCGCAUGAGCUGGUUCAGUGACCUCAACCUUGGAAGUUCAGAGCCCCCUCUGUGCAAGGAGCCAGGGAAGAAUACGCUUUAUGAUCUGGGUUUUGAUAGCAGCGAUGAUGACUUCUGACCAGCCUGCAAUGACUUCUGUUGAUGGUUUAUUGGUCUCAGCCAGAAGACAAAUUAUAGAACACUUGGGCUGGCAAAUAGCAGAAAGUCCCUGAAUCCUUCUUGGGACCCUCAGGGUCAGAGGCCCUGGUAGGGAGGUCAGUGCAGGUGGGUGGAGCAGAUUUGGCAUUCUGGGUACUGGGUACUGCCCAUGACAGGACAUAACGGACAAGUGCAUCCUUAUUUAUUGGAAUGAAAUGUGUGAAGACGCUGGUGAUGAGAGCUGGGGCAGCAGCCUGGGUGUGGAGCAUCAGGAGGAGGGUGCUGUGUUUGGUUAAAGGAGAGCUGGCUUCCAUAUGGAAUACUGAGUAGCAGAAGGGUUUUCACAAAACUGUUGCUGUGGCAGCAUGACUCCUAAACACAACAUUUUUGAUUUUCAAAAUAUUCCCUACACAUGACUAAUACCUUUCCAGGUUUCAGGAUUUUUUUUCCUUAUUAUUUUUAUUCAGUUUUGCUGCCAGAGUGUUUCUAUUUUUUGGUCAGUGGACAUGUUACAGGACACACUAAGUCAGUCUUCUUGUGAACAGAAAAAUAGUGUUAAAGCAACCAAUUAAAGAGAGGUAACAUGCACCAAACAAAUGCCCAGAGCACUACUGUUCACAAGCCACACAAUUCCACUCUUCUUUCUGGCUAUUUUUCCCCCAUCCUGUUUUUCAACCACUUUUUUAAAGCUAAUGAGAGCAUCUGUAGGCCCUAUGUUAUUUCUGAAGAGGGCAAUGGUCUUAUAUGAGACUUUGGCUUUCCAUUUAUAUCUUUCCAUUUAUAUAAAAAUCUGAAGAUUUUUUUUAACUUUUUUUUUUUUGAGGAAGAUUAGCCCUGAGCUAACAUCUGCUGCCAAUCCUCCUCUUUUUGCUGAGGAAGACUGGCCCUGA